AGAUGCAGUGGGUGGUGUUGAUGUCACUUCCUGUCUGGUUUCAGAUGCAGUGGGUGGUGUUGAUGUCACUUCCUGUCUGGUUUCAGAUGCAGUGGGUGGUGUUGAUGUCACUUCCUGUCUGGUUUCAGACGCAGUGGGUGGUGUUGAUGUCACUUCCUGUCUGGUUUCAGAUGCAGUGGGUGGUGUUGAUGUCACUUCCUGUCUGGUUUCAGAUGCAGUGGGUGGUGUUGAUGUCACUUCCUGUCUGGUUUCAGAUGCAGUGGGUGGUGUUGAUGUCACUUCCUGUCUGGUUUCAGAUGCAGUGGGUGGUGUUGAUGUCACUUCCUGUCUGGUUUCAGAUGCAGUGGGUGGUGUUGAUGUCACUUCCUGUCUGGUUUCAGACGCAGUGGGUGGUGUUGAUGUCACUUCCUGUCUGGUUUCAGACGCAGUGGGUGGUGUUGAUGUCACUUCCUGUCUGGUUUCAGAUGCAGUGGGUGGUGUUGAUGUCACUUCCUGUCUGGUUUCAGAUGCAGUGGGUGGUGUUGAUGUCACUUCCUGUCUGGUUUCAGAUGCAGUGGGUGGUGUUGAUGUCACUUCCUGUCUGGUUUCAGAUGCAGUGGGUGGUGUUGAUGUCACUUCCUGUCUGGUUUCAGAUGCAGUGGGUGGUGUGGUGCUACUUCCUGUCGUCCCUGCUGGGCAGCGAGGCGGCGCCGGCAGGAGAUGAGGUGACCUUCCUGCCUGGUCUGCAGAAACAGCCGAGCUUCAGACAUUACUCUGGUUACCUGAGUGUGGCCGACGGGAAACACCUGCACUACUGGUUGGUGGAGUCCCAGAACGAGCCGACCUCUGACCCGGUGGUGCUGUGGUUGAAUGGCGGCCCCGGCUGCAGCUCUCUGGACGGACUGCUGACCGAGCACGGCCCCUUCCUGAUCCAGGAUGAUGGAGUGACUUUGCAGUACAACCCUUAUUCCUGGAACAAGCUAGCCAACAUGUUGUACCUGGAGUCUCCAGCAGGAGUUGGUUUCUCGUACUCUGACGAUAAGAAUUACGUGACAAACGACACGGAGGUGUCGAUGAACAACUUCCUGGCUCUGAGGGAAUUCUUCCGCUUGUUCCCAGAGUUCAGCAACAACGAGCUCUUUCUGACCGGAGAGAGUUACGGAGGAAUCUACAUCCCGACGCUGGCGGAGCGAGUGAUGGAGGACGCCAGCCUCAACCUGCAGGGCGUGGCGGUGGGGAACGGUAUGUCGAGUUACGAGAUGAACGAUAACUCUCUGGUGUUCUUCGCCUACUACCACGGCCUCCUGGGCAGCGGGCUGUGGCGCCGGCUGCAGACGUUUUGCUGCAGCGACGCCACGUGCAACUUCUACAACAAUCAGGACCAGAACUGCUCUGCCAGCGUGUCGGAGGUUCAGGAGGUCGUCUACGGUUCAGGUCUGAACAUGUACAACCUGUACUCGUCCUGUCCAGGUGGAGUCGGACACAGAGUCAGUGUGGAGCGAGGCGACCUGGUGAUCAGGGAUCUGGGGAACUCGUUCACCAAUCACCAGUGGACUCAGCUGUGGAACCAGAAGCUUCGAGUUCUGGCCUCUGGCCACCUGUCGGUCCGUCUGGACCCCCCCUGCACAAACUCCACCCCCUCCUCCCUCUACCUGAACAGUCCCUACGUCAGAGCCGCACUGCACAUCCGCCCUGAGGUCCCGGCCUGGGUCAUCUGCAGUGCGGAGGUGAAUCUGAACUAUGGGCGUCUGUGUCUGGACGUCAGGAAACAGUAUCUGAAGCUUCUCUCUGCUCUGAAGUACCGGGUCCUGGUGUAUAACGGAGACGUGGACAUGGCGUGUAACUUCAUGGGAGACGAGUGGUUCGUUGAGUCUCUGCAGCAGCAGGUGCUGGUCCAGAGGCGUCCGUGGUUCUACAGCGAUGAAGACGGGCUGCAGGUCGGAGGCUUCGUCAAAGAGUUCAACAACAUGGCCUUCCUCACAGUCAAGGGCUCAGGUCACAUGGUUCCAUCAGAUAAACCAGUCGCUGCCUUCGCCAUGUUCACCAGAUUCAUCAAGAGACAGCCCUACUGAGGGGGGGGGCAGCCUCCUGCCAGCCAAUCAGCACAGCCCUCCACUGUGUUGCCCGGCGACCAGGUCCUCGUCACUCGUCUGGUUGCCGUGUCACUUGUGUGGUUGUCAUGGAGACGCUCACUGUCUUUGAUGUGAAACUUCUUCUUCAUGGUUUCGGUUUCAGAACCAGUUCAAUAAAGUUUGAAACAAGAA